GAUUAUUUAUUUUCGUUCUACUCGACAAUUCCAAAAAUCAGUGCCAUUCAUUGGCUUUAGCUUUGCCCUUGAACUUGAAAUCUCGUGCCUUAUUCUUUCCUGGGGACUGGUGUUGGAUAUUGAACGGGCGGAGUUACCGCCGGGAUGAUGGAUGAAGGAGAUGAUGGCCUAAAGUUGGAUGCGCGCAUUCUCAUUUUCGCGUGGCCUGCCACUAGUGUUUCGCAGAUUCACAAAGGGUGUCACAGGCAUAGCUGGAGGAAGAAAGGUACUACACGAAUGCGAAACGCGACAAACUCUACAACGUCAUUAGCCUGGAGUUCACCAAGACUAAGUUGGAGCCUCUAGUGGAGUCACCCAGUCUGGUACGUCAUUUGGAUUAGGUGGACUUGGUGUGGCCGGAAAUAUUGCGCGCUUUGCAGCAGGAGGCCAGCAACCGACUGGUCGCCAUGAAAUAUCCCAAAGUGCAAAAGUACUGCCUGAUGAGCGUCGGUGGCUGCUACACAGAUUUCCGUAUCGACUUUGGUGGCACAUCCGUCUGGUAUCAUAUUCUCAAGGGUGGAAAGGUGUUCUGGCUGAUUCCUCCGACCCCAAUCAAUCUUCAGACCUAUGAGCAGUGGGUGUUGUCGGGUAAACAGCAGGAUAUCUUCCUGGGUGAUGUAGCGGUAGCUACUUAGAGUAGUUUCGCCUGAAUCUUUAUUGCAGAAGGGGGAACAUUAUCGGACACGGAAAAGCACAACUAACUACAAGGAGAGCAGAAACGAAGAGUGAUUCCAAUCGGGAAUCACUGUGUAGAGAAGACAGAGAGCAGCAUAGACUACGGCGCUGCGUGCACACAGCAGCGACCGGAAGCAGCGUGCCCAGUACGGGAUGCCAUUUAUAGAUGGAGCCCGAGGGCAGUGCACUCAGACAUGAAUACGCACGCGCACCCGAGUACUGCAUUCAGUGCAUGCGGGGACUGUGCCAUAGAAGGGGAAGGGUUCGUGAUGCGCAGCCAGCAAGUACAGCGGUACAUGAAUGCAUGAGUCAAUGGUACAGCAGGCAGGCUGCGGUUCUUAUACAAGUACACACGUUAGAUCAAUGCGAGUGAGUGGAGGGAGUAGGAAGGAGAAACCUGGAGACAGACAUUGAUAUGCCUAGGGAUAGAGUUUUGUCAUGAUGCUACUCAUUACACUACAGGUGACAUGGUCGAGACGUGUGCCCGCGUCGAAUUGAAACCAGGCUGGACUUUUGUCAUGCCUACUGGUGAGUGAGUGUGUGUAUGUGUGUGUAAGUGUGUGCCAGCUAGUUCGGUUGGUGGGUGCACUUAUGCCUGAUUGUGUUGGGUCUGUUGCCAACGGGCUCGGCUGCUUGAAGGUGUAAUGUGUGUGUGUGUGUAUGCAUGUAGGUGUGUGUGUGUGUGUUUGUGUGUGUGUACGUGUGUGCAUGUGUACGCACGAGUGUAUGUAUGUGUGUGUGUGGUUGUGUGUGUGUGUGUGUGUGUGUGUGUGUGUAUCUGUGUGUGUGUAUGUGUGUGUUUGUUUGUUCGUUGACAGGCUGGAUUCAUGCAGUUCCCACUCCUGUGGAUUGGCUAGUGUUUGGUGGAAACUUUCUGCACAGUUUCAACAUAAGCGGUCAGCUUGCCGUGGCGGACAUUGAAGAAACUACUAAGAAAAUCUCCCUAUACAUCAGGGAGUCGUAUACAUAAUACGACGAAUAUUGUGGUUAGCUGUUUGUGGCCAGCUAGCUGUGUUUGAUGGUACGGCACAGUACGGGACAGAUACGGGAGCCAGCAAAUACUGUGGCCAGCUGUUUGUGGCCAGAUACGGAGGCAGCGAAGCUCUCUCCUGCGCCCGCAUGCGCCGAGAUCCCACUGCUGUCAACGGAUGACACUGCAGCCCAGUCGCCAGCGACGGCGGCAGCUGCUGCUGCUGCUGCUUCGUGGGAACAGCUCACAAGGCGGCAAGCCACCUCCAUCACCGCCAUCCUGCCUGCUCUCGGACAUGGCCGGUCUCAGCUCGUAUGAGAUUGAUGGCUUGCGACGGCUGCUGGCCGAGCUGAGCGUUUCCACGACGAUGGUGAGGGCGUGUCCCGAGGAGCUGGGGGAUCCUGGGGAGCUCAUGUCGACCGUGGAGAUUCUGUUGAACGAGUAUGAAAGCCGGUUUCGCGAGGACAAGGCCACUGGACAUUUUAUGCUCAUACCGGGAAUACAAUCUGAGAAUCUGCGUGUGUCGCCCGCACCAAUACCUGACAACAUUGUGAAAAUAUUGGCAGUUGAAACAGAGAUUGUAUGCAAGUCCUCAGCUGCUACUGCAUCUCCAAGAAAGACAGCAGGUAUAUCAUCUCGUGACGACCACAUUGAAGUCUGAAUUUGAAGUGCGAAGAUGCUUCAGCAACCACAUCGUACUUUUCCAUUGCUUUCAUUGUGCUUCUACUGUGCAUGUGUGUAACUUGUGGGUUAUACAUGUGAUGACAUUGUAUGCUGGCGACACGGUCAGAUUUUGUCCAUGCGUGUAACGUACACCUGCAUGUUAUGCAUCGAAAAGGAUCUGCCACUUGCGAUCCUGGGACAAGUAUCAGGUCAGCUUUGUCUUGUGUGGGCUGUACCAGAUUGCUGUUCACUUUUCUAUCUGUUGGAUAUGUGACUUUCUGCAAGUCUCUGGUGUAUGGUGGCCACUUCUUUGCUUGUCACUUUGUAUGAUAUUACAUUCUGUAUUCGCUGCUUCCAUGGCGUGGUCUGCAAACUGCAAUCCUUGGGCAAAUGUCAUGUUUGCUAUGUUGUGCUUUGGCCGUCAGCUUGUCUACACGUUGUAGUUGAAUUAUUUUGUUCCACAACUGACUUCCUGAAGUACGGUGGCCACUGCUUUGCAUGGCAUUUUA